AUGGACCAGAAGGCUGACGCCGCAGAAGUGUUGCAGUACUUGAAAGACUUUGUCAACCAGUGUGGCCUCCAGCCGAACAUUCACAGCGAGACACUUGUGAAGGAGGUGCACUAUGACUCCAAGUCGCGCCUGGCGCACCUGGUGGUGGCGAAGGAGUCGGUGGAAAAACGGGAAGGCCCUUACAACCUCGUGAUCUUCGCAUCCUUGAGCGGUUCUGCCAAGAUGCCGGACAUACCAAACCGUGGCUUCACCGGGAAGUUGCUGCACAGCUGUGAGCUCAAGGCCAAGACCAUGUCAGAGAUUAUCGAUGCCAAGUCGUCCGUCUUGGUCAUCGGCGCUGGCAAGUCUGGAUGCGACAUGAUCCAGGCAUUCCAAAAGGCAGCCUACGAGAACGUAAUGUGGCUGUAUCGGCAGCCAUAUUGGUUCUUCAGCUUCGAAACGUUUUUCCACGACCGGUCCUUGCUGAGCAUGCUCAGAGCAUUCCUUGCCCUGGUGUUCGUCACUUUGUCGCUGGCGUCGCCCAGCCUCUGCAUGUUUGCGCUAUGGGUGAUCGGGUAUGCGAUUAUGCCCGGAUGUUCUGGGUGGCCGAAGCAUUUCAAUGCUGUCAGGUUUCACUUUGGAAUGUUGUGUGAACGUCAGCUUUCCUUCAUCAAGAAAGUGAAGCCCGUCACCGGCGACCCCGACCACUUCCAGAAGGGAGGAGUCGUCCUGAAGUCCGGCGAGGCCAUUGACUGUGAUGUGAUCAUCUGUGCGACGGGGUACAACACGGGCCUUGACACCAUCCAGUGCAUCAAGGAUGGCAAGCCUAUCAGUGUGACUGGAUGCCCGCUGUACGAGCAUGCCAUCGUUCCGCGCUUCCCGUGCCUAAUCAGUGCGGCCACAGCCUUCUACCAUUUUGGCCCUAUUCGUGGGGUCUCACUUGCAGAGCAACUUCAUCCCAUUCAUGCGGAUGGUGAGGUUUUUUUUGGUUUAAGCUGGUUUCCUUCAGGUUUGGGCAGUCAGAGGCAUCGAGUUGAAAUCUUCAGCCCGAACCCCUGA